AUGGCCCAAGAGAUCGAAUUAGGUAUCACCGCUGAUAUGCACGUACAUUUGCGUGAUGGCAAGAUGAUGGAAUUAAUUACACCUACCGUUAGAGAGGGGGGUAUAUCUAUAGCAUAUGUUAUGCCAAACUUAGUUCCACCAAUUACUACUAUUGAUAGGGUAGUUGAAUACAAGAAAAACUUGGAAGAGUUGUCACCAAAGACUACUUUCUUGAUGUCAUUUUAUUUAUCUAGGGAAUUAACUCCUGAAUUGAUACUGGAGGCCGCCAAAUUAGGUGCCAUCCAGGGUGUUAAGUGCUACCCAGCUGGUGUUACUACCAAUUCUGCAGCUGGUGUAGAUCCUAACGACUUUACUCCAUUUUACCCUAUUUUUAAAGCGUUGGAAGAAAAUAAUCUUGUUUUGAACUUGCACGGGGAAAAGCCACCUUCAAAGGAUGGUGAAGAGGAUAUCCAUGUUUUGAAUGCCGAACCUAAGUUUUUACCAGCUUUAGAAAAAUUGCAUAAGGACUUUCCAAACUUGAAAAUCAUCUUAGAACAUUGUACUACAAAGGAUGCUAUUGACAUGAUUGAAAAAAUUAAUGCUGGUCACAAGGAUGGUGACGACGUCAAGGUCGCUGCCACUAUCACCGCUCAUCAUUUGUCGCUUACAAUCGAUAAUUGGGCUGGAAAUCCUAUCAACUUUUGUAAACCAGUAGCUAAAUUGCCAUUAGACAAGCGUGCCUUAGUCAAAGCGGCAACUUCUGCUAAGCCAUACUUUUUCUUCGGGUCAGAUUCUGCUCCUCAUCCUUUAUCCGCAAAGGCAAAACACGUUGGUGUAUGUGCCGGUGUCUAUACUCAAUCCCAUGCUAUUGCUUACUUAGCAGAGGUCUUUGAAAGUCAGGAUAGAUUAUCCAACUUGAAAAAGUUUGUGAAUGACAACGGUAAAGCAUUCUACGGAAUCAACGACAACGAUGUUAAAUGUAAAGACAAAUGCUACUUGGUAAAGAACACAAACAAUGUCCCAGAAAUGUUUGGUAACAAGGAUAUUACUGUUGUUCCUUUCAAGGCAGGCGAAGAAUUAAAAUGGUCCGUUGAAUGGAGAUGA